AUGGACGACAAACCAUACACUCAGAAACCUGCAGAGAUGCGAGAAACUCCUUCACCAUCACCAUUAGAUUCAAACAUUCCAUCACCAACUUCAGAGUCAAGACCCUUCGCUUCAUCUAGAAGGAACUACGAUACAUCAACUAAACCUACUGUUAAGAGAUUACAAACAAACCGAGCAUCUUCUGCAACCAAUAGUCCAAUAGGAUCACGCGAAUCGUCACCAGUCCGACCUCAACUAAGAAAUCCCUCUGCCGUUCGCUCAGGUACCCCUUCGAGAUCACGAAAGAAUAGCCAAGACAUUAGUCCUUCACGCUCAACGAGUAGUCAACAUCCACCGUCCGCGGCUGCUAUCCAACGAGGGUUAUCGGCUCAAAAGCUUCCUACUCUGAAUCACGUUGCAUCCGAACCUUCGAUUAGAGCACCAAUACCUCAGAAGCCGCUAGUAACGAGUGAAAUCAGAGAUGGUCCACGUUGGCCUGUAUCCCCGAGAAUAAGAUCACCUCCUCCCAGACAAAGUAGCCUGCUAUCGCCUCGAAAGACGGAACAAGAAAUUCCCGCGAUCAAUGUGCAAAGAACCUCUCCCACUGCAGAGCAAAGAGCGGAAGGAAAAUCUGCUGCCGAUAGCGAGUCAGAAGAGAACCUGUUAACACCAGGGAUGCGAACACCUGCGAGAGGUGUCAGCGGUGGUAGUUCAACGUUAGAAACCGUCCAGGAGAUCAGCCAACCCAACACCCCAUCUUUCGAACUCGAUGGCGCAAUCGACACAACCACUCAGGGAAGUCCAACUUUACCAACAGAACAGGAUCUAAUGGAUGGCGCAUCGGUUGAGACGUUGAAGAAGCCGACGAUUGUGGCAAAUGAGAGUGGGAGUGAGAGUGGUGGGAAGGGGGAUAACAAGAUGAAGAAUACCACCCCCACGGCAACUCGAACUGGGCCACCUAAAUCAUUUAGUGGACCAGCAGCAGCGCGGGGCAAACCAUCCGGGGAAGGCUCUGCGAAGAACAUGACAGUUGAGACGGAGACUGUUAGCUCGAUCCCACAAAUUGCUCUGGCCACGGGUGCAGGAGGAUUGGUUAAUGGAAGUCUACGGGCCAAGCAAAGUACUGAGACCAUUCGGCCGAGGAAGGAAAAGAAGAAGAGUCGAAAGGCCCCAUCGGUAACUUCUGGAACGGGUGAGCAAUCAAUUUCAAGAUCCAGAUUACUUCAUCAUUAUUCUACAAGAUCAAUUUCAAGUGCAUAUUCCGCUCGGUCUCCAGACAGGGCGUGUGGACAAGGACCCUCGCCACGUAAAGGAAGUAUGGACUCGACGAGUCCCGAGCGGAUGCUAUCAGAGAGAUCUUCUCGUAGACCCAGUUUAAAUUUGUACAGUGCUUCCCUUUUGCUAACCAGACAACGCCCAGCUUCUUCCAAGGCAGAUAUCUUCGAAGCGAAAGUCGCGAGCGCAGUCGACGAAGCGAAUUCCUCCGAUUCCGAAGAGACCUUUGUGUACGAAUCGAAUCCACCAGAACAAGAGAGACCUCGUCGAUUUCAUUCCCGAACUCCUAGUGCUACAUCCAUGGCCAGUCAGAUAGAUGCAAGAAACGGAUUACGCUCAAUGAUGGAUAGUAGCAAUCACAGUGUGGCGAUGAAGAAGAGUAUGAAAUUCGCAAACUCUUACAACAGCGCAGGUCAGGAAAUGUCAACAGAAGACGACGGAAAGGGCACAGCACGGAGCAAUUUAGGCCGAGGGACGGCACACCAUCAUUUUAGUCGUUGGGGAAGAAAUGGGGGAAACGGUCAUGCAUCUCUCUUCGAUAACGAAUCACCUUUUCCAAAUGCCGCGAAGUCCAAAUUUUCCGCAAACCCUACUCGACAAGGUUCAAGACCCACGAGUCCCAGAGUGGUGAAUACGGCGAGAAUGUCCAUGGGAGGAAAUGUGAACGGCAGGAAGACCUCGCCAAUCAGCUCAGGAUACGAUCUGGAUGAUGCUGCGGACGAUGAAAGAACACCACUCGUUCCAUCUACCAUUCGUUCAACUCGAUCAAGUCGCAUUCGCCGUGGGAAUGCCCCAUCGUCAAGACACAUGGAACACCAACGAAACAGCCGCUCAUUCAUCGCUCGGUUUGCUGGAUGCAUGUUUGUUUCUCUACUGCUUCUCCUCGUCGCGGCAGGUCUUGUGGCAUUCCUAUUUGCGACAACUCAACCACUGGCAAAUGUGAAAGUAUUGGCUCUGAGAAAUAUCUUGGCUAGCGAACAAGAUGUCAUUAUAGAUUUACAGGUCACGGCUCAAAAUCCAAACCUGGUUGCUGUCACUAUCGAUUCUAUGGACAUGGUUAUUUUUGCGAAAUCCAAAUAUGCAGGUACGGAUUCUGAGUGGUGGGCACAGCCGCCAACCAAAUUUUCGUGGCGACGCGGAUUCAAACAUAGACGAGAUGAUCCAAUCAAUGAUCCGCCAAUGGAUGAUGAUCCAAACACCAAUCCGAAUUUGGAAAUUGGACACAUCUAUAAUUUCGAGAGUCCCUUGAUCUUUGAAGGGUCGCCAUUCAAACCUACAUCAUCUGUAUCAAUAGGUGAGAUGCGAAUACUAAAACCUGGAAAUCAGACGGAGCCACGUGGAUCAGAGCGCUGGGGGCGAGUUCUUCAACAUGAGUUUGACCUUAUCGUCCGAGGAACACUAAAAUAUACACUUCCACUCAGCUCAAAAGCUAGGAGUAUUGGAGUUGAGGGUCGAGCAACAGUCAAACCAAAUGCUGCUGAUCAAGAUCCUGACAAUGUUCAUGUCAUCGACGGGACUCAUCACUUAUUCGAUUAG